AGUCGACCAGUCUGAAGACUACUGUCACGUCUUUAUUUUGAUCCGGGAAGAGAAACAGACAAAAAGGGCAAUAAUAAAGUGAAAGAAAAAUCCGGGAAAUGAUGGAGGUGGAAGCACAGGGAAAUUAUAUUUUCCAACUAGGAGACACGUUCAGUAGCUACCAAGAAUUGGAGGAACAGCUGGAGGAGCAUCGGAAGGAGAGCUGUGUCACGUAUUGGCACCGUGACACACGAACUCUCAAGGCAGGUCGUGGUGAUAGGCCAAUCUCUAAGAAGCUCGUCUACUACUCCCUUCGCCUUGCUUGUGUCUUUGGUGGUCAGAAGUUCUCACCACGUGGUCAAGGAAUCAGAACAUGCCAGACACUUCGUUCCGAUUGUCCAGCCCACAUAGCAUUGCGAGCUUCAAAAUGUGGCAAGAAACUCGUUGUGAUCUCCGUGUGUAACACCCACAAUCACGAAUUGUCGGAGAAACUGAAUAAAUCCCUUCCGCAGAAUCGAAAACUCUCACCGGAAAUGAAGGAGGAGGUCCUAAGACUCCUAAACUCAUCAGAGGAGAGAUAUUUAAUCAUUGAGUACAUCAAGUUGAAAACCGGGAAGGAAUUGACUAGGAAAGAUCUAACAAAUAUGGCAGCUGCUGCCCGGAGGAAGAAGGAAAAUCUCGUGGUUAAUGAGGAGCUUACUGUGGAGGCUGUUAAAAAGAUGAAAAAUUACCUCCUGAAACAUUCAGAUAUGUUUGUGGACGAAGAACCACCACUUAUAGAGAUAAUCGAAAGUAAAAGUAAAAGCAAAAACAGGAUGAAGCAGGAGAAAGAGAAGGAUAAUGAUAAAACCCUAAAGACUGGCUCAAUAACACUCAAAGGAGGAAAUUUGAUAGAAGUAGAAGUAGUUGAGGGGGAUUCAAAGUCUGUGCAAGUUUACAAAAUUAACAAUGACGCUGAAGAUGAUGAUGAUUCGCAAAUUAUUGAAUAUUUGCCCGAAGAAUGGAAUGUAGGGAAUGAAGAAAUCCCCAAAGAGCAGGAGGAUGUUGUUAUGCCAAUGAGAAGGCGAAAAAGGUGGAAGACUUCCUGUUGCUGCCACUGCCAAUCAUCCUCCAUCAAAUUAAUGCAGCUGCGAAUGAAAUUUCUGCGGCUAAAGUACAAAAAAUUACUCCUGGAAGUGGAUGAGCUCAAAAGGAGAAAGAAGGAACUCUCCCGGAGAAGCAGACGCCACUAGUUCUAAUUCUUUAUUUAUGUACGUACAAAGGUUUAUUAAAUAAAUUCAUGGAUGUAAUCUUGAUUAAGAGAUACCGCAUUGAA